AUGAAAGCUGUAUUUAAUGAUGUUUCUGAGCUUCGAAGUGGAAAGGAACAGUGGAAGAUUAUGGUGAAAGUCAUUAGGAUCUGGUAUAGCAAAGGUUUUGCCAGUUCCAAACUUCCCCUUUCUCUUGAGAUGGUGCUGAUGGAUUCUAAGGGUAACAAAAUCCAUGCCACAAUCAAGAAGACUUUGAUGUACAAGUUUGAGAAGUUGCUUGUGGAUGGUAACGUGUAUAGUAUUUCAGGGUUUGUUUUGGUGGAUAGCUGUGGUGAUUACAAGACGACCAGGCACAACUACAAGAUUUGUUUCAUGUUUAAGACUGAGGUUCGUCCAAUGAAUCAGUUUCCUAUUGAGGUGUUUCCUUACACAUUUGUGUCUCUUGCUAAGAUCCUCUCACCUGGAUGUCAUUGGGAUUCACACUGGGGUUGGUGUUGA